CCCCCCCCCCCCCUCGGCCUCUGCCUGCCAGCCAGCCUCCUUUUCCCGCGCCAGAUCCACUUCGCACCUUGAUCGUCGGCCGGUCUGCUCAUUUCCGCUAGCCGUCCUCCUCCCGCCUUUUUGCUCGUCCCUCCGUUUGGUGUCCCCGCCCGUGCUCCUCCCAAACACCAUGCUGUCCCGCGCGCUGUCGCUCCGGCCUCUGAGUCUGUCGCUCGCCCGCGCCACGCCUUCGCUCGCCCGCGCGGCCUAUUCCGGAGGGAUUGUUCCCAAUGUGCGCGUCACCCAAACCGGUGGCGAUCCCCCCCACCUGCCGGACGACCAGUACCCCGCUUGGCUGUGGGACUUCGAGAGCCCGGAGUCUCACCUGAACAUCACCCGGCCGCUGGUCCGUGGCCAGAAGGUCAAGCCCAGCUACACGACCAAGGUCCUCACUGCCUCCGAGAUCGACAGCGAGGCGAACCCCAAGAAGUUCCUCAAGCGCCAGCGUCUGGAGACCAUCCGCGGGGAGAACUUCCUGCGCGACAAGAGCGGCUAAUGGC